AUGGAGGCGACCCUUGAGGGAAGCAAUUCUGCAGAGACUCCUCCACUCGCGGAUGGCGGCACCAGAUCACACCGGCGGUGCAUCUUAGUUAAUGAACUAUCAAUCUGUAUUCUCAAUAUGGUCAAGUACUAUCCCUCGCUCUCCCCCGACUUCCAGGCCUGGAUCCUCUCCCAGCCCGUCUUCUUCGUCGGCUCGGCCCCCUCCACCGGCCGCCACAUCAACCUCUCGCCCAAAGGCCUCCCCGCCGCCUCCCUGGCGCUGCUCGGCCCCAAUGAGGUGGCCUACCUCGACUCCCUGGGCUCCGGCAACGAGACCGUCAGUCACAUCCGCGAGAACGGACGCUGCACCCUCAUGUUCUGCUCGUUUGAAGCCUCGCCCCGCAUCAUGCGGUUGUUCUGCCGUGGCGAGAUCAUCGAGUGGAACGAGCCUGCAUUCCCCGUGCUGAUCAGCAGGAUGGCCCUGAACGGCAACACCGCCCUGAAAGAGGGCGUGAGGGCGGUGGUGAGACUGGAUGUCUUCAAGGUCCAAACUUCAUGCGGCUACGGCGUUCCCCGUCUCGCCCUGGCCACGGACCCCGAAACCAAAGAGCCCAGGCCCUACCUCAAAGAUCGAGCCACCCUCGCACAGUCAAACGCCAAGUACAUCGCAAAGAACACCUUCUACUCAUACCUGCGCGAUAACAACUGGGAGAGUCUGGACGGCUUGCCGGGGCUCAAGGCCUCCAUGGUCGACCGCGGGAUGUGGAUGGUCAAUGCCCGCAUCGCCCUGUGCAGAUGGCGGAGAGAGCUGGAGCUGGGCGGCGUGAUGCUGCUCUCAUCGGGCCUGACUGCGGCAGUGAUGUGGGCGAGUGGAUGGGCCACUUUCAAAAGAUAA